AUGCUUUUGGAUGGAGCUCUGGCCCUUGUCCUCUUCCUCUCCCAAGCCCUCGCACUGCCGUUGGCCAGUCAGCUGACCGAGGAAGACGAAAAGGUUACCAAAUGCAUCACGGAGAUCCUGGCUGAUGCGCUCACCAGGCCCAGUCCGGUCCCAGCAACCAACGAAUGCAUGAAGAUACUUCGGGAAGAUGAGCGGGUCCUCGCCAUGCUGCACCACCAACAUCUCCUGACUGAGCUGGAGGAACUCGCGCAGCAAGAAAACAUGAAGCAUCGUCUGGGACAGCAAGGCAGCCGUGCUGCUUGGGAAAGAGGAGAGGAGGAGCAGGAAGACGUGAAGAAGAGGGGCAGCACACCCACCCAACAGAAAGAGGCUGCCUCCGAGGAGAUGCGGCAGGAAAAUGGGGAAAGGAAGAACGAAGAGCGGGCGUUCAGGGAGUAUGAGAAGACUGAAGAGAAGGUGACGGAAGCGGGUGUUUCUCAAGGAGAAGAGGACCAGGCGGCUUUUGAGAAGGAAGCCAAGGCGGUGAUGGAAGGGACGGAUGAGGAGGAGGAAGAGAUGAGGAAGAAGAAGAGUUCCUCAGAGACAUGGUCUUCUAAGGAGUAUUUUGGCCACGUCAAGAAGAGAGGUCCUAGGCAGCCGAGGAUCAAGGAGGUGAUGCUUCACAGGGAUGCGGAUGUUAGAAAGAGGAGCGGGUUAGUCAAGAGGCACUUUAGACUCGAGGAGGAAGAGGAAGACAAUCACCCAGAAGAGGAGCCAAAAAAGUACCAUCACCAGGGAGGCAAUGAAGGCCACCGCCAUGACGCCUGGGAGGAGGAGGAGGAGGAGGAAGAGAAGAGGUCUGAUCUGUCCCAGCGAGUGGCUGAGAAGGCCAGUGAUGAGGAAACAGCCCAGUUUGAGGAGGAAGAGAAAGGGGUAACGUUCUCCAGCUCCCAGGCCCACCUCCAUGGGGACUGGAAGCCGUGGCAGGAAGGGGAGGCAGAAGAGAAAGAAGGUGGGGUGAGGCAUGGACACCACCGUAAGCCGUCUGCGUCGGACCUCAAGAAGAGACACCAGAAGGAUGCAGGUUAUCCAAAGGGCAGGCACCAUGGCCACGACGAGGACGAGGACGGCGGGGAGGCCAGCCAGAACCAGGUCGAAGAGCUGGAGGCCCUGGAAGAAAUCGAGCGGGACCUGAAGAGGGCUGCGAAGAAGCUCGAGGAACUGAAGAGGGGCUGA